AUGGAGGCAAUCAUACGUACUUUUAACACUCUGUGGAGGUCAAAGAAUGGAUUCAAAGUUAGAAACGCAGGAGACCAUGUGAUGUUAUUUGUCUUUGACAAUAAGGAGGAAGUGGAUAAGAUCUUUGCAGCAUUACCCUGGAGUUUCGACAGACACAUAAUGCUUAUACAACGUUAUGAGAAGAAGCUACAUGUACGUGAAUUGUUUUUUAGUCAUGUAGCAAUAUGGGUUCAGAUUCAUGACAUCCCAGCUACCUUCAUGACAUGCGAGGUUGCAAAAGAGUUGUGUGAAAACGUGGGCAUGGUGGAUAGGACUAUUGAUUUUUCUGACAUAGUUGGUGGGAGUUUUAUGAGAGUGCGGGUGGUAAUUGACGUAGCUCUCCCACUUUGUAGAGGCCGCCUUAUAACUUUUGACAAAGGGGAGGAAGGGUGGGUUUCCUUCAAGUAUGAGAGACUGCCUAACAUAUGUUAUUGGUGUGGAUGCUUGAAUCAUAGUGAUAAGGAUUGUGAUCGCUGGAUUGAAAGUGAUGGAAGCUUGAAACUGGAAGAUAGAGAGUAUGGGCUGUGGAUUUGA